GUCCGUUUAUCUAUUUCAGCUCCGUAUCAAGUUCAAGUCACUACGGGUGUUCAGGAAGGAGGGGGGACUGAUGCCAACGUGUACUUAACUGUUUAUGGAACCAAAGGAGAAACUAUGGAAAAGAAGCUGAUAAACACUUUUGAAAACAACUUUGAAAAAGGAAAGUACGUAAAUCAAUUGUCAGUCGACUGAUUCCUUGGCUCAUAUGCCAUAUUAUGAGCGUUAUUCAAUUACUAGUCAGAUCUGCUCCCAGUUAGUCAGUCACUCAGACAGAAGUACAUACAUGACAGCCUAUAAAUCAAAAGUUCGGAAGUCAGUAUUUUAUCCACUUAGUAGACCAGUAAGUUAUUCCUACAUUCCAUCAUCCUGAGUCAGUGAUGCAGUCAGCAAAGUGCAUCAGUCUUUCGGUAGGUUAGUUAGUCAGUCAGCCGCGCAAUCAGUCACUAGUCUGUCAGUUCGUCGGGAAUAAUGAUAGGGAAGCACAUAGGGGUUAUUUUAUAUUUGCUGCAGUGCUCCACAGAUGGAAGCUUUGAGAUUAUAGCUAAUGAAACUUGCAUAUGAUUUAAUUUCUCCUGCCAGAGUUGACAACUUUCAACUGAAUUUAAUGGACGUGGGCGAGAUAAAAAAGAUAAAAAUAAGGCACGACAACUUUGGAUUUAUGCCAGAAUGGAACCUGGAUGGGGUACGUCAAAUGUUAAUUGAUAAGGGAACCUUUUGUAAAUAGAGAGAAACGAGCACCAAAAUAACCGGCAAUUUAGAAUUUUAUCAAAUUAACCCAGGCAUGUAAGAAAUAAAUCCAUAAUUUUAAAGACGUGAAUAAAGGGGUAAGUUUCUAAAGAAACUGUGGUGCUGCGGCAGUGGGAGAUUAUAACAGGGUAAUUUAGUAUUAUCAACUGAGUUGAUAACGUAAAUUGGCCACUGUAAAGAGUUUUGAAGCUGACGUUUCGAGCAUUAGCCCUUCGUCAGAGCGAAAUACGUCACUCCUAUUAAAACGUGAGAUUGAGUGAAAUGAACCCUCGGAAGUGUUGCUGUUUGAGAUGAGCUGCCGGGGAAUCGGAAAUCGCUAGGUGAAAGCCGUUGAGAAGACAACUAGGUACGGACCACUUGAGUGGAAGCCACAGGACAGCUGAUCAGUACGCCGGGUGAACCAGUGAAAUAUCAUCAUUGAUGUGCAGAGAAGCUAUUCCCGUGAAGUUAGCAGGGCACUGAAAUAUCUUGCAGGAGACUCUAGUAAAUCAGUAGCUCUCCAGAUGCAGAAGUCUAUCUUAACCAGUUCACUUCAUUUCGCUUGCUCGGUCAAGAUUCUAUGCUGAACAGUGGUUUCACAUCUUAGAUUCAUAAAUACAGACAAUAUCAGGAAACUUUUUAGUGCUCUAGUCACAAGGGGCUUUAUCCCAAUUUCAUAAGCAAGAAUUUUAUAUGGUGUACAAUAUCUUAACAAUUAAGGUUUUAUUUUAUUUUUAGAGUAUAAGUUUAAGUCUUCAUCAUAGGGUUGGCUAGCGCUCGCGCCGCCCAACAACCGUGCUUAUGAUCUUGGCAUCCAGAGGGUUUUUACUGCAAUAAUGAUUAUAAUAAUGGGAAUAAAACCCAGGCCACAGCGGAGGGAGGCAAGUAGUCUCACCACUGCACCAUUCCCUCACCUACCAUUUUUUCGUGCAAUUCCUAAUUGUCCUUAGUUUUGUUGCAAAAGGUCAAAAUUACUGCGCCUGGGGGACAGGUAUAUGUGUUCACAUGUGACUGUGAUUUGAAGCAAGGAGCCUUGUCGAAAGAACUAUUUCCUUCUGGACAGGGAUCAAAACAAGGCGGUAAAUAUACAAAUUAUUUUAUUUGUUCGCUUCAGCACCACUUCGGUGCUUUCUCCAUUUUCAUUUUGUUCUUUCAUCCCUAUUUGUAUCUAUUAUUCAUCGUACUCUUGUAUUUGGUUAUCGUUUUCGUCCUGUGCAGCUGUGGUUGGUGGUUUUGUUGGCGUUUUUAAGGACUCUUCCCACUGCUGGCCGUUUAAUGAUGCUCAAGCCGACUCAUCUCCUGAUUUAGUAGGAAACUUCCCAGCUCAGCUUAAGGUACAAUGAUGGAUUAACAGCUUACUUGAAGGGUGGGAUUUGAUGUACAGUAUUGUGCCAAUUUCACCUUAUCGUGUAAACGAAACCAUAGUAAUUGCAAAAGUCAAUCAGAGCGAAAGAUUUUAUCCUAAGGAGCCAAUGACUACAAAAAGUAACAAUAAACCUGCUUAACGCCUGGGAAAACGUGAGUCACCGAGUCAUGAUUUGCAUUUGAAUGGUUGUGAGAUUGGCUAAGUCAAGUAUUUGUAGACUAAUCGAAAAAGUGCAGUAAAGUUAAACCAUUGUGGUCUUGAAUGAAGACGACUUCAAAAACGAAUAUUGUUGUGUAGGAAAGGCAUGCAUUAAUUUAUGGUGGUAAUUUAUGGAUCAUUUAUUAUGUUUUGAAGAUCCAACCCAGUGUUCACUUUAGAUGGUUAUAAGCUUGAAGUUGUGUUCACGAUAUUAAUUUCUCUACCGCCACAAUGUAUACAUUAAAAUAUUUCAAAACCCAUCAAAAGUUAGUCAUCAUGUGCUGUUCGUUAUUUCAGUGGUAUUCUCUCCUUUCAUAGGACGGGGCUAGAAUAGUAGAUUCCGCGGCAAGAGGAAAAGUUGCCUCCACACUUGAACAAAACAGUUGGAUUGAUCUGGGAAACUUUAAGGGUGAGGUCAUCACCUGCAUGUAAUAAUGCUGAGCAACACAUGCUAAAUGCUGUCAUAAAGUUGAUUCCACUCUUUGGCAAUAUGCUUUAAAUGUGAUUCCUUUAUACCAUGAAAAACAAGAAAUCUGACCAUUUUACCACCUUUUCCAAAACUAUGAUGGUUUUUGUGGGUUUCGCUCUUUGCUUGUCUUACAAACUAUCAGUUUGGGGAUGGCUGAUUACUGAGAUAGUGAGGAAAACUUUUUAGAAAUCGAUUGAUUGAAUUCAAGAUAGUUACAUGUGCACAAUUUCAGUCGAAAGUUUUAGAUAUAUUAGGGUGUAAAUUGGUCAUCAGUUGUUUACGUCACUCAGGGAUUCCCCUUUGAAUAUCUGAGAUUUUGAAGUGUUUGAUUCCUUUUAUGGAGACAUUGAAUAAUACAGACCAACUGGCCGAUGAUACUUUACUUCAGAACAAAGCUUAUACUUCUAUAUUUGAAAUUUGUUCUCAAAGGAAGAUGCAUUAGUGACCCAUCUUUAUGUGCUAAUGGAGUUACCAUGAUUUUCUGGGCAAGAAUCGAACAAGCAGCCCUCCUAACCGAUCAGCAGCUUCCGAAAUACGUAUUAUCCAGUGGAGGGUCAGAUCACAGAUCCCGAGGAUUCUCUUUUUUCCAUCAGAACUAUCAGUUUGUACUGAGAGUGUCGGCGGCUGAGAAAGAAUGGAGAAUUGAGAUACCACAAGGACAAUUACCGCUAAAUUCUUGGUUUUCAUUCGCAUUUACCUGGAAAAAUGGUACUUUCUUAAAAUCAAAACCAUUUUAAUAUUUAGAUUUAAUUAUUUCUCCGACUAAUUAAAUAAAUGUUGUACUAAAUGGAUCUAGUUCCGAAGUCCUCUAUUUUUUCUUUUUUCCUUAAUGAAUUAUAGAGAUUUCUUUUUAUGUGGUUCUAAGAUGGUGUUGCAUGGAUCGUUUAAAUUUCUGACCUUAAGAAUGCAAUAAAAUUGACCACGAAAUAGGUUAUUAUCAUCGAUAUAAACAGCAAAUUAGAAUACAGGCUGGAUUCGAGCCAAAUUGAAACCAUUGAAUUUCUGAAACGAAUACAAACACUUCAUGUUGGUUGUUAGCAUACUGAGUGCAUUCUAUAAAUUCCUACCGUAAAUUUUUUUCUUGUUUUCUUGUAGAGGAGGGACUAAAGUAUUACAUCAACGGAACAGAGGCUGGUAUUAAACAGAUGAGCGAAAGCUUGGGUCAGAUAAGAGGAAACGAAUUCAACGACUUAAGGAUAAGCAAACCCAACCAUAACAAUCUAGUGCAGGAGAUGUUACCAAUGAAGUUUGACCAGUUUGCUACUUGGAACAGAAUUUUGCAACCAGAUGAGGUUAACCAGGCUUUUAACCAGGGUAUGAAGGGCACACCCGACAUUUCAUCAAAGUUUUUAAAUUGUUUUUCGACCAUAAAGUGAUACUUUCCCAUAUGAUCCUACUUUAGAGAUUCCUCAUGUUACCCUUGUAAUAGCUUCCACGAGUUCAGUAUUAAUUGAGUAGAUCGGUUGAUUAGUUUGGGUGUUAAAACAAAUUCUUGCUUUCUUAAGAGGAACUGGGAUAUUGAUUUGACUCAGCUGGUGUCACUAGCGCAUUCCAUCUGUGUUACAUACCUCACUGGAUGCAACUUAAUUGAGUUCGUUUAGCCAGACCUAAAGCAUUCACAACGUCCAAUCAGAACAAAUUGCUGGAAGGGAGGGAAAUGGCGCUGAGUGGUGACCGAAUCAAUUUUUCGUUUUCUGUUUGUUUUUAUUAAUUGAGAGUGCGCCAAAAGCUGUGUUACACCGAUGAAAACGCAGUGCAAUCUAAGAUACUUUACACACUGUAUGGGUAAAAAGGAACUACCCUAAACUUCUAAAAAGCCCAGGGAGAAAAUAGCAGGGGUCAACACGUCAAACUUAUUAGCAACACCCUACUUUUAUUUGAUUGGCAGGUGGUGGGCUUCCUGACAAAGAAGGAAAACCCAACCCUCAAGGUUAGUACAUUCGUUUAAUUGUAAUGAACGUACUUGUUGAUCGUGUUCUGUUAUCGUCUGAAGAGAGUAAUCCUGAAUGAAAAAUACUGUUUUUAAAGAAAGUAUGUUGUUUGUAUCACGUGACAUUUAGCUUGUGAGCCGAACCCCUGCCUGAAUGGAGGAACGUGUAAGACUGAUGCUGACUCUCCUGAAGGCUACCGCUGUAUUUGUACUCCGCAAUACGCAGGAGUGAAAUGCGAAAGUAAGAAUUAUAAUUAAUACCGAUUUAAAUGUUAAUUUCUUCACCGAACUGUACGAGUUGAUCUUCUGUCAAUUAGACUUAUGCCGAUAGCUUAAUUACUUUUUGUCGAUCACUCUAAAAAGUUUUUGUUAUUCUUUAUUGAAACAGUCAAGGAAGAUCAACAGCCACAGACUACUCAGGGUAAGAACUCAAAAAUAAUUAUUUUAAUUAUGAUAAUUUUAAUAUAAUUAUGGUACAAUUCAAAGAAAUGUUAUAACCAUUACAUUUAAUUUGAUAUGUAAGCGUUUGAAAGUAGAGGGGAAUCUCUAACGAUAGAGUCUCGUAGAAUUUUAUUUACAAAGCCUAACGGCUUUCCUAUCAUCAAUGUUCCCCUGAAGCCCUAUUGACAUUAUCGACAUUGCUGGCAACCACGUCACUCUUGGACCUAAUGUUUUUCACUGUAUUUCAGUCCUUUUAUUUUGUUGUUUACCCUUGAAUGCAUUAAGUACAAAGCUUUGGGCUUGAAAAUUGACCAAGUUCACCUUCAUUAAAGUAAAAGUUAAUUAACAAUCAACCGUAGCAGGUACCACUAUUGCAUCUAGCACUGGUGCUACUGCUAGCGGGGCAUCCACCACUGCAAGCCCCACCAGCAGUACUUUUACCACCGGAGCAUCUAAAGGAACCACACGCAAAACAGGCAGCACCGCCAAAUCUACAAGUGGUUCUUCUACACCACUUACAGGCACCGGUUCAAAAGGCACCACUGCAAAACCUACAGGCAGCACUGCAGGAGCAACAGGGGGAACCACACGCAAAGCAGGUACCACUGCGAAAUCUACAAGUGGUGCCUCUGCUAGUAGAGCUUCUAGCACUGGAUCAUCUGGAGGAACCACUCGCAAAGCAGGCACCACUGCAAAACCUACAAGCGGUGCCUCUACUAGUAGUGCUUCUACCCCUGGAUCAUCUGGAGGAACCACUCGCAAAGCAGGCACCUCUGCAAAACCUACAAGUGGUACUUCUAUCACAGGAACAACUGCUACUGCAACACCCACCAUUUCAUCCGCUGCCUCAACAGGUGCCACAGGCUCAUCUGCUGGAUCUACAACAGGUAAAUCCACUUCCACCACAGAUAAACCAAUUAUGGAUAUCCGUCGUUCAACGUCCCUCACAACAAACAAAGGAAAUCUCACUGACAGCAGCGACGACUUCGAACGUUUCCAGAAAAACGCACGGACUUGACUUCAAUCUUACAACAAGAACCUGACUCAAGACAAGAUGCUAUAUUCAGAAUAAGACAAACAUAUAGUUUACAUGAUUGAAAUUGACAGUUUUAACCCCUUAACUUCCGUGAGUGACCAAGACGGAAUUUCUUCUGACAUGCAAUAUUAAUAGACGAGUGGUAAAAAUAAAGAAAAAUGUCAAUUAGGGGAUUAUUGAUUGAUCCAAAACCAAAUUCUCCUGAAUAAGCUUAAGAAUUAUAUGGCAGAAAGUAAGGAGAAUUACUAAUGAGAUCUGAGUGAAAGGGUCAAUCAAUUAUGAGAUAAGAUGGAAACACAAGAGUCGAGGCUAAAAUCUCUCUUCGACGCCAACAGUUUAUGUUAGUAUGACAAAAUGUCAACUACACUAAUGGAAACAUUAUAUUACAGACUGCCAUAGGCUCUUUUUCAGGUGCUGUUUUAUGAUUCGCUUGCAUUGAAAGCAAAGAAACAUUAAGGUGUUAUUUUGUUUUUUUGCUGUAACAUUUCAGUUACUUAAAUUAGCCAUAUCGAAUUCAUAAUCAAAUAAAAAAAUGAAUUAAUAAUUAGAUGAAUUCACAAAGAUUAACGUAUGAAUAAAGAAAUAUGUAAAUAAAUUAUUUAUUAAAACCCGGUUAUUUUACGGAGUUAGAGAACUUAAAAGAAACUUUGCAAGGAAACGAAUGUUGUAAUGCUUGGAUGAUGGCACAUCUUAUUAGAACUUACAAUAUAACUUCUGAUGCUUUUUUUUUCUUACUAUGCAACAGCACCUCCAACAACAGCUCCUCCAACAACAGCUCCUCCGUCAACAGCUACUCCGACUGGAACACAAAGUCCACCACCAGAUAUAGGUGAAUAGUUUGGUUUUAUCCUUAUUUUACCAAUAUACAGAGGUCAUUAACUUAUUAUGAUAUUAAAGCCAUUUUUUUGCUCAUGGGUGGCCCCCGCAGGCACUGACACAGUUGCUUUUGAGCCAAAGUUCAAGGAUAAGUUUUGUAAUCGUUGCGGAUAAUUCUAAAAUAAUUAUUGUUGGUAUGUUGUUAUGUUCUCUGAAUCCUGGACCUUUUUUUCUAACGCUGCACAUGCAGAUAACUGUUUUUUGGUUUUGUUAGACUGAAAUAUCAAAGAAAAAACAUUAGAUGAGGAUUGUUUCCCCUCCAGCUGAGCUUUCAACAAACUGGAUGCCUUCCUUGUAAUCUAGAGGCAGUUCUGCUCUUUAUGAGGAAUUAGAGUUCGUAAAAAACAGCUCUCUGAACUUAACCUUAUUUAUUCUUUUAUCUGUAAUAGUGCAAUUUUUACUUUUUGGUAAAUCAGUAACAAGUCAGUGACAGAUGUAUGUGGUCUCACAAGCGAAAUGACAGGAAUUUGGAUUUAUUUCAGAGCAACUCAAGAAGGAUGUAGAGAAGCUUGUCAACGUCUUCCGAAAUCUCCACCAAGCCUCUGAUGUGUCGGAUAGUCAGGAACUGAACCAAUUAGCCAGCGAAUGGGCAGAAAAUCUUGCAGCUUCUGGCGAAGAAAAGAUUGAUCCUGACUCAGAAUUUGGGCAACUGGUAUGCAGCCAUCAGGCGGAAGCUGAUAUUGCCAAGGCAUGCGCAGUCAAGUGGUAUAGUGCCAUCAGGUUCUUUGACUGGGCUGAUCCUAAGCUCACUGUAAAGACGUCUCCGUUCACACAGCUGGUAUGGCAAAGUACCACAAGCAUCGGAGUUGGUAUCGCUAAAGCUAAGGGAAAUGCCAAGAGAGAGAAUGUCCCAGGGAAAUAUUAUAUUGCAGUGUUUUUAAGUCCUGCACAGAGUGAUGACAAGGUUAAAGAAAACGUACUUCCUGCGGCUGGUAGGUGAUUUAUGUGCUCUUAAGUUGUGCUUAAUGAAGAUUCGAAUUUCAUUAUCCAGUAUAUUGUACACCAGGAGAGACCUAUUUACUCAACAUAUGUAUGUGAUAGCAAUCUGCAAUCUUCUGAUCCCUCACUUGUUUGCGUUUUUCUCCAGGAAUCUCUACACCCUCACCAGAUGGUAAGUAUACGUGAAGGUAAAUGGAAAAAAUAGUUUCAGAAAAUAACCAGUCUGUCAAACUUACUUGAUACGUAAAUGCUACGUAGGUGUACACACAAACCUAAUCUUUCCACCGCCAAACGUACCUCCACAAUGGCCCACGUACCUGCAUUGUUACGGUAUAAUUCAACCGACAGAAAGAACACCAUACUCCUACAAGUUCCACAACUUUAUUAAACAACGUGAAAUAUUCUUACUAAGGAGCGAUUCCUGUAGGCAAUACAGUAAUUAUCCUUGAUAAAAUAACUUAAGCCCACUACAAACUAUAAAUUAGCUCACCACUGCCACAAUCUGAUAGUUGUGUCCAAAUCUCCUUGAAAUGAAUAAUCUUCCACAAUAGCUCUCUCUCGGUAUCGCUCUCCGGACAAUCAGUCACACCAGACAACAACGACUAGUACCACACAACUGAGUCCUUCUGUACACUUACACAAAGCAUUCUAGAAUCUGGAAGCUUAAAACACAACUAUUUUGGAAGUAUUAAAUCAUGACUACAUAACCCAAUAGAAUAUUCUGGAAAGUUCUAUGGUAUGCCAGACAAUAGAAAGCUCUUUUAUGUAUGUCAGCAUAACUAGGCAUUCUAGAAAUUUCUAGAAACUUAUUUUCACAGUCAAUAUCCAUAAAAGCAUUCCUACCUAUUCGACUACUUACCAUCCUACCUAACCUUUUAACUACCUACAUAUCAACCUAUUUCCCCACUAAUCAGAUUCCCUGCCUUCUUGCUUACCAAGUUACCUUCGUACCUAUUUACCUACCUAUUUAUCAAAUUUCUUUCUUCUUCUAGCUAGUGAUAAAUUAAUUUACCUGCCAUUUGUUAGUUUGCUUGUUUUGUUUGGUUAGCCAUUUAUUUUAUGUCCUAAUCUAUUCGUCUUUCUCAUUCUUCGUUUAUCAAGCUGCCUGUCCUGAAGGCUACUUUAAAAUACCGAUGGGUGUUACUCGAUCAUGUUUCACCGUCCGUAACACACCAGUGACCUGGGAUGACGCUCUGCUUGGUUGUGCUCUUGAUAACGGUACCCUGGCUUCGCUUGAGAGUAGAGAGGAAGCUGACCUGGUUGUUAGUUUAAUUGCAAGUAAGCUAACAUCCUACUUUGUUCGAAACUCAAAUGUAAUAAAUUCGAGAUAGCCAUUCACUAAAUUAAACACCCUUUUGAAAAAGAGCCCCUCCCAUCGGCCAAAAUCUAAGAUAAACAACCUCCCUGACUCGAGUCAAGUGUCUCCUCCCUCCUCACAGUUUUAUGGACGAAAAUUAGAACACAGUAAAGGAUAGGUAAUGCGAACGAUUAAGAGCUUUGAGUUCCCCUUCCACGAUGAAAAGUGGCACUUACGAUGCUACAGGUUUUGAAGUGGAGGUGCAAUACGUUACAUCGAGGCAGUGGUAAUAGGUAAAAGUUCCACGAACGAAAUUACUUGCUUUUAAGCUAUUACCCAACCAUUUGUAGUUCAAUGCCCUCGAGGUAGUGCCACUACCAUUUAUUAGUGAUUACUGGUCCACACAUAGUGCUGGUUGAUGAAUGAAAGCUUAACAAACGUCCUCUGUUUUCUUGCACGAUUUUAUAAAGAAGCCAACCUUACAGAAGCUUGGAUUGGACUCCAUGAUCGCUCAACCGAGGGCCGUUACGUUUGGGUCUCAGGAUCGCAAAUUCCAUUCUCCGAGUGGCUGCCCGGUGAACCUGAUGGAAAUGAAGGACAGAGCUGUAUCGUGCAAGCCAAAGGGGAAUACGGACCUGGAUGGGCUGACAGACAAUGUUCCGAUAGAAAGGCUUUUGUCUGCGAGGUUCCCGCUCCUGGUAAGAAACAAUGAUAAUACAAAGCUUAAAUCAUAUCUUUCAGUCAUUCUCUUAUCAACGAGUUACAUUGGGUGUAAAGCUUUACUUGACGUGAAUGGCAAUGACACUCGGUUCUUUAUGGCCAAAGGACACCGUUGAUCGUGGAAUUAUUAUGUGAUGACUAUGGGACCUGUAAAGUCUGUCGAGACGCCGGUUAUAGGAUCACAACUCACGAUAGCCUUAAAACAAUAUUCACGUUACUUAAAUACAUUUAACAGCAUAAGUACUCAUAUUCAAUAUACAUUCAUGCAAAUCAUGCUGAUCAGUUACCACAACAAAAUCCUGCUCAAAGACACAACAUAACAGGAAUUACCAAAGAAUGGGCGACCAUGCUUACGUUUGCACAUGUAUUAGCAUACAAAAUAUACUUAUCAUGAUGUCAGGAUGAAAUCAACGACAGGUUCUUGUUUAAAGUAAGCCUGAUUGAUUGGUCGGCUAUUCUCUUUUGUGUUAUUGUUAACUUCUCAAUGCAGGUCAUACCUUUUACAAGUUAACGUUUAACCUGACGGAACCACAAACACAGUCGUCCCAGUACACCUCCUAUUCUCAGUACUCCCCGUCCUUUUAUCCUGGGUCAUAUUACCCAACCGUGUGUGCGCCUGUCAUUCAGAAUGUGAAUGACAUUCUCAGGGAUACGGUAAGCUACUGUAUGCAAAAUACUUUGUGAAAAAAGGUAGAAUGAGGCGGUUAUGACGUGGUAUUGAAGUUUUAAGGAAAAGGGUCAGCUAAGGAUUAUGAUAUACAAUGGAAUUGAAAAAAAAAAAAAUGAAAGACUAAGUUGUAUGCUUUUAGAAAAAAUUUUUAGAGAAUAGAAGAUCGUGACCAGUCUGUAAUUGUUAUGGUAAUAUAAUUCUUAACCUGAGAAAAAUCACGUUCUCCAACUCUUGAGGCCAUAAAGCCCCACCAUCGCAUUGGCUACAAUUCAUUCAUUAUUAAUUGCUCCAUGUCAAGUUUUCGUUCAGGUAUGCACAAUGAUUUUUCCUUCAUAAACCCGAAGUGAUUGUAUUUGCACAUAUAGUGAUCAGUUGCAAAGCAGACUUGAGAACUUAAGCAAAAUAAGUAACGUAUGCGCAAUGGUACUCUGCUCUCUUAAACCAUUUGACCCCAAAGAGUCUAAUUUCUCCAUACAAUAUCACCUGAAUCAAACAUUAAGUUCACAAGCCGAAUAAAGGAAAUGAUCACCGACUUAAUUUCUCGAUUGUUCCACAAAUUUUCCUUGUCAGCACCUUAAGAAAUCCAAAGAGAACAGUAUGGAGAAUAUGCAUGCUGAUGUUAUGGUGUACAAGGGCUAAUCAUCGAUAAUAUAUCAAAUGAUAUAUGGUCCUUCUCUUACUGAAGGAAAUUUUGAAGGCAAAUAAUUAGAAUUCAGGCGAAAAAAUUUGGCUUUUAUUUUGGAGGACUCUUUCCUCAAUUCCAGUGUGAAAAUAGUUAAGAAAGUUGAGAUAUCGUACUCAGUACCGGCCGAACAAUCUAAGGAACCGAUGAUUGAAGAAUUGUACUCUUUUUCCCUCCCUCGCUCGUGGCAAAUGUCAAACACAUUCUUACUUGUCUUACUACUUAGAAGUUUAAGCCCAAGUCUCAAAAUGGGAAUACGAAAGCUGAAACUAUUUUUGUUUUAACAUUUGUUGAUUUUUUAACUCUUUGACAGAUCGCUCGUUACUUCCAAGCAAAGAACCUUUCAGUUCAGCCAAUUGUGAACACAAUCAGGUAAAUGAAUCAUUUACGUACUGAAUAAUUGAAUUAUUGUUAUUUUGAUUUAAGAGUUGUCUAUUUUCUCCCUUUUUCUUUAGGUGCUUGCCAGACGGCAAAUCAAUUGUUGAGGUUAUCUUGAGGUUAGGUCCGGAGGCCAGUCCUGAUUCGAUUGAUUCACUUAAGACCAGUAUUAAUGAGAAUGAUGGAGAACUGGAACUAGAAAAUGGAGUAUCUGCUAAACUUAUCAAUGUGACAAUUCUCCUGCCAGGCAAGUGAGACCAUCAACCAUCAAUGGGAAACAAACGUUUAUCUUAAUUGGAAUGUGGUGGUAUUGACUAAAUGAAUUAUGACGUAGAACGAAGUAAUUGUGAGCAUUCCAAAAUUGCAGGAUACUGAUGGUGGACUGGUAAAAUGGAGCACAGUGCUCAGUUGUCUUCUUCAAGUUAACCCAACUAUAUCUAAACCAGCCUUUAACUUCAUAUUUGUAUUUUGUUUUCACUCAGUUUAGGAGUAUUAUCAUUACAUUACACCCUAGAAACAUCCAGAGCGUUUAAGGUUUAGAGCCACUUCAUGACAAUAAUUAAUUAGGCAGAUGAGAAGAGGUUUGAUAUCCGCUGCCGGCCUUUUGCCGUAAAUUAUAUGCUCGUUUUCAUUACAAUAGCAAGAGAAAUCCACGGUAGGCUGCAACUCCUUAAUUCUCACGGUUUGCUGAGUGAGCAAGGGUCUCUUGAUCAAAUGUGACCUCUAAUAAGACCUCGUAAAAUGUUAUUGUUCAUUUGUGCCACAGGCGCUGACCUCGUAAAAUUUUUUUGUUCAUUUUUACCACAGGCGCGUCACUUUGCCCAAACCAAUGUGUGAGCAGCACCUGUCAGCCAGGUUGUGACCCGACUUGCUGCGCCCAGGCUCCAGCUCCAGUAGCAGCAGUAGGAGUAGCAGCAGGAGCAGCAGCAGCGGGAGCAGCAGCCGUUCAGUAUCCAUCACCAGCUUCUUACCAACCUGAACCAAUCUACCCCCAAAGAAACCCAUAUCAGUGCCCCAUUGCUUGCACCAAUAAUGUUAACUUCUGCCCAUCUUACUGCGCGCCAUAUUGUUGUAACAAAAGACGAUCGCGAGUAAGAAUACAUAAGUUUUAA